ACACCGCCACUGACAGCUAUCGUCUACCAGUUACCAUCGCCGCAAUCGUUGCUGUAGGUUCAUGUUAUUUUUUUUCGUACGCUAAUUUUUUCUGUUUAUUUUUUCAUUUUAUCACCAUUUAAACUUUUUGUCUGUAAACGUUCGAUGUGAGAUCCUAAUGUAAAACACUUUAAAAUUACGAACUAUUAACAUUGGCAGACGGGAGAUUCUCGUUUGCUCCCCGUAAGUGGUAUUAUUUUAAAUGACUUGUGUACUUCUAUUACCUAAAGUUAUUACAAGAUCUCACGAAUCGCCAUUUCGUUAGUCUUAUUCUGUGAAACAUUCAGAUUUUUAUUUUAUUUGCGUUUUUGUGUAUCAAAACUGUGUCGGUACUACUCGAAACGUUGUGAUCGUUUGUGAAGUUGGUCCCUUGAACUUUAAGACGAAAUUUUUUUUUUUACGUUUUGUUAUUCCUCGGAUUCCUUGAUGACGCGCUCAUCUGCCGCCAAUGUACCUUGUCGGUUACUAAAGUGUUAUUUGUCGAUCUGUAAUUACACUAAUCUCAUGUGAGUAACAAACAUGGCUGUCCCGAAUAAUUUCAAGCCUUACCUCUGUAAGUUGGAUGAUAAUGAUUGUAUUUCGCUUGUGAAUAUAAUCAAGUCAUUCAAUACACCUGUCAGCGAGGAACAUGCAUGGGCAUUGUGCUAUCAGUGUGCCAAGUGUUUCAAGAAUGCUUUUGAACGAGACCCAAACAAGUGUCGAGUGGUUAAGAACUUAGAAGAAGUCCUUAUCCAUAAGGAUGGAUUCAUACAUCCCAGUACCAUUCUGAAUACUGAAGAAAUAGCUGAAUCUCAUGAAAAUAUUGAAAAACUUAGUAAUGAAAAUGAUAGUAAAACUAUACUUCAACAUCAUGUGAUUGCCAGUCUAGGAUAUAUUGUUUUUCAAGUACUAGAUUUUGGAAUUGACGAAGAUGAAGAAAGGUCAUUAAAUCCUGAGUUGGAAUCAUUAAUUAAACGAAUGAUAGCUUCGUUUGAAUAUGGUUUGCACGCUCAAUCUAUGGACCAUGGACAAUCAGGUGAAACUGACGAUGAAGGAAUUGAAAGAGAUUCUGCUGAAUGUGAAGAAAUAUCUCGAAAUAAUUUUGCUACUUUUGAUGAUGUGUUAGAGGAAUGUAGUAGACAUAUAGGUGUGUCAGGAUUGGGUUCUGAAACUCAUUAUAAAGCUGUAUGCAGAGCAUUAGUAGCAGAAGCUCUAGAGCUUUCAUCAUUUCUAGAUAAAUUAUCUGAUGGAUCUGUCAGUUUAAGACACAGAAAUUCAACUUCAGCUGAAUUAAUUACAUUGGAUUACAGUGAUUGGGCACGUUUAUGGAUACAAUUGAUACGGGAACUACGACGUGGUGUACAAUUGAAAAAAGUUGAUCAAAGGUCUCGUGCUAGAGAUGAAUUUGUUGAAUAUGCAUUAACCCCCUAUGAAAUGUUAAUGGAUGACAUAAGGUCAAGAAGGUAUACUUUAAAAAGAGUUACCCCUCCAGAAAUUCCUGCCAGAAUUCAAAGAGAUGCUCAUGAUGCAAUACUUGAAUUUAUUAGAUCAAGGCCGCCAUUAAAAAGUGCUGCUGCAAGAAAACUAGCUCCUCGUCGACAAGAUAAACUGUCACCAAGGGAACAUUUAUUGGAGUGUAUAAAAAGUGGAAACGUCAAAUUGCGUUCUACUUCAUUAACCAAAAGCCCUUUUCGUAAUAUUAAAUCAUCUAGAUCAAUGUCAAGUCCUCCAAAUUCUCGUACUAAUAAAUCAAAAAUUCACUUUGACAAUUCAUCUUUGAAUAAUUCAGAAGAAGAAUAUAUGCCAAACCAAUCUAUCAAAAGUAUGCUUGAUACAAAUAAAGAGCGCAAGCUUAUAAAAGUGGAUUUUUCUGCAUUAGCACGUCUAGUAAGUUCUGAUUCUGAAGACGAUUUUGAUGAGGAUGAUGAAAAUAACACAUUCAAGACUACUACAGUGGAAAAAACAGAAGAAUCCACUUAUUUGGGCGUGACCACUCAAGAAAAAGAAGAAAAUCACGGACUUACUGACACAAAACCCAAUAAAAAUAUUCAUGCACUAAGAAAACAGCAACGAAGGCACACAAUUGCUGAUCAAUCAUCUCUGUCUUUUAUCAAACCAAUGGGUGGAUUGUGGAAGCAAACUCGUAGACAAUCUAUGUACAAAAACACUUUGCCUACUAGUGAUUGUUUGACUUUGACUCUGCAAGAACUUAUACAUAUUCGUAGUGUACUUACUAAAGCAGAAAUAGAAAGUUUACCAGUUGAAGGAAAUUUCAAAGAAGAUGUUGAAAAUCGAAAAGUUUGCUUCUUAUGUAUGAAAACAAGGUUUGGCAUUUUUGGACCAUGGGGGCAAGAAUGCAAAAUGUGUCAACGUACAAUAUGUUCAAAAUGUUGUACCAAGAUGCGUAUGCCUACUGAUCAUUUGUCCCAAAUCCCGGUUGUAGCACUCAGUCCCAAUGUAGCAGUAUCGGACCAAAAUCCUUGGUGGUCAAAAAGUAGUUGGGGCAGUGCUCCAUCUAGUCCUCAAAAAACGUUGAUGGUUGGUUGUCCCAAUAAUAGUAUGUCUGCAAGCUAUCAUGGUUCAUCUACAGUCACACAAAAUAUCACUCGAACUAAGUAUAGUGCACAAAUGACUGUUUGCUUAGAUUGUAAGACAAUGGUACUGCAAGAAAUCAAAACAUCUAGAGUGAAUCGUUCAAAUUUACUUCGCCAUUUAACACUUGACUUGUCAUCUGUUUAUUAG